AUGGUGCACUCUUCCUGCGUGGACACGGCGGUCGUCUUCCCUCAUCGCCGUGGGUUGCCGUUCCACCGGGCACUGAGAGACCUGGUAAUACUCAGGCCACCAGUUACCUCUAAAUCAGACGAGGGGAUAGAGGACACACACGGGCCCCCAGUUACCUCUAAAACAGACGAGGGGAUAGAGGACACACACGGGUCCCCAGUUACCUCUAAAACAGACGAGGGGAUAGAGGACACUCACGGGCCCCCAGUUACAUCCAGUUGUGAGCUGCACAACUGCCUCAAGACGUACCUCGUCAAGCCAAGCGAUCUUCUUGAGCUGUGCUUUAUUCAGGAUCCCGUCCCAGUCCUCCCCCACCUAACAGGUCCAACCAGACCUCUGCGCUCCAGUCCCCUAAACCCCCUCCUGGCUAUUCCUAGCACACCUCUGUCCUCCCAGUCCCCUAACCAUCCCUACUUGCCGUUCCCGGCAGAGCCCAGCCCGCCGUCCCAGGAGGUCCCCUGCAUGCCGUCCUCGGAGAGUCCAGGACACUUCGGACAACCCCAUAUAUAUUAUGGGGUUCCUACUGUAUCGCCGGGAAAUGGUUUUAUCCAGGGUCCCGUCCUAGUCAUCUCCCACCUAACAGGUCCCAUCAGACCAAUGCCUCCCAGUCCCAUGACCCCUCUCCUAGGCGUUCCUAGAACACCUCUGCCCCCAGUCCUUUAA